AUCACUUUGAACUUCCCUGUUGCUGAAAACGCCACAGAAACAAACAAACACUCCUGGCCGAUAGGUGGCAGUAAUGAACCAACAGGAACGGAAGGGAUCAGAAGGUUUAAAACUAAACAGUUGGUACUAAUCAGCUCUUCAGGAACUCGGUUUAUCCAUCAUGUCUCCUCUUUGACUCUGGUUUUAUUUGCCUCCUUCAUUUACGGUCAUUUCCUCCGUUUUAGCUGCAACAGACCAGUUAGAGACCAGUUAGAGACCAGUUAGCCUCCAUGCUAACCGAGAAGCGAAGGAAAGCAGCUUCCUCUGGAGAACAGCUCUAAACGGUCUCAGGCGAAGAGUGUUGGGCAUUUAUUGGACGCUUCUCUGUUCCCAGCUGUUUUUCAGAAGAAUAAAAACAAGUUAAUAAGGCCUUCCACAGCAUCAUGUCCAUCACUACAUGGGAGGUUCUGGCUGAUAAUCUUCUAAUAACGAAAGAAAGGAACUCAAUAGUUGAUCACAAGAUUUCAAAUCCUGUAGAAAUAAAACAGGAACCGGGAGAAACGGAUCCACAACAGAUCACUGAGACGAAAGAGGAACCAGAACCUCUGUCAAUUAAAGAAGAACCGACUGAACUGGGGAUCUUUCAGGAUGAUGGGCAGCUUUUACCGAAGCAGGAGAGCAACACCUCUACGGAUAUUCCUGCUGAUGAGAAAAUAUUCCAUAAUGAGAAAGAACUGGAGCAGAUGAUGGAGACAAAGGAGGAACCAGAACUUAUACAGAUUAAAGAGGAGCAGGAAGAUUUCUGCAGUGAUCAGGAUGGGAAGCAGAUUGUACUAAAACAGGAACCUGUUGAGCUAAGGGACAGCAGUGAACCAGAACCAAACAAGAACCAGAACCUCUCUGGGAUCCAUCCUGAAGAUGCGAACCGUCAUGAACAAGGAAGCAAACAGGAAGACUCAGGACCCAGUAAAGAUAUCGAUCUGGAGCUUCUGGACUUUCGAAAUCACAGGGACAAUGUGGACAGUUCAGAAACAGAACGUCAUAAAAAUGUUCCUUUUUGUGAAAUAUGUGGCAAAUCCUUCACAAGACGUAAAUACUUGAUGUCUCACAUGCAAACUCAUACAGGAGAGAAGCCAUAUCCCUGUACACUCUGUGAUAAAUCAUAUAAGCGGAGUAGCGAGUUAGCACGUCACAUAAAGGUUCACACAGGUGACAAACCCUACCCUUGUGAAUUGUGCAGUAAAUCUUUCAGACAGAGCAGUGAGUUGGCGGGUCACAUGAGAACCCAUACAGGUGAGAAGCUGCAUGUGUGUAAGAUGUGUGGUAAAUCUUUCAGUGGCAGCAGUAGCAUGGCUCGGCACAUGAGAACUCACACUGGAGAGAAACCAUUUGCUUGCAAAGUGUGUGGUAAGUCUUUUGCUUUUAUUAGUCGUUUGAAUGUUCACACAAGAAUCCACACAGGAGAAAGACCAUAUUCUUGUGAAGUCUGUGGGAAGUCCUUUGGGAAAAACUGUCAUUUAACUAUUCAUAUGAGAACGCACACAGGCGAGAAGCCAUAUUCCUGUGAAGUUUGCGGUAAAUCGUUUAGUGAAUGUAGCAGAGUGGCCAGACAUAUGAGGAGUCAUACACAUGAGAAGCCGUAUGCUUGCAAAGUUUGUGGUAACUCCUUCCGGUACGGCAGCAAUUUGACUGAACACAUGAUAACUCAUACAGGCGAAACGCCCUACUCCUGUAAGGUGUGUGGUAAAUCCUUUACUGAAUGUGGUAGCAUGGGCAGACAUAUGAGAACUCACAAAGCAGAGGAGAGAUAUUUUUCACCUGAAGCAGAAUAGUCAACACAUGGGCACGUGCUUUUGAGACUGUCAUAGUUGCACAUCUUUCAUACACUGUGCAGACCGCAGUUUGACCCGGGCCUGAAAGGCCACAAUGUAAGAUGGUUGACACACCAUCAAUACAUUCCUCUGGAAGUGUGCACACACCUGUAAACGUUUAGCUCUGAGGUUUAAUGUAGAUUUGAAAGCAAAUGUAGUUUGUUGUAACAUGACAGAGCAAAGAUUGCAAAAGUGAAAGAAGUCCAGACAGAGUGACUGAUCAAUCCUCCAUUGUCAAUCUGAUCUGAGAAAUGACUUCAUUGACAGUCUGAUGCAGAUAAUAAUACAAUGUUGAUGGUGGAGCAAAACAAUUUCCCAUUUUUAAAGGACCGACUGCAGUUGGACCAUCUGUUGAGCCUCAUAAAACGGCAUUUCACCAAGUGUGGGUAAAAAUAUUCUAUUUUUGCUUAUGUGUCACACUUAACUUUUUCAGAUUAUCAAAAUUAUUUUAAAACUGGAUUAACAUACUGUAUACAAAUAACAUAUUUAAAUGACAAUUUCAUUAAUUAAUAAAACUAUCCAAACAUUAAUUAAUUCAUCUGUUGUAGCUUUGAUCUGCUGAAAUGAUCUCGUUUAAAGGGUUGGAUUCCUUUCAUCACCAAAUAUCAGACCAUAAAAAUAAAGUCACGUCUGUAAUUUCAUGUCAUUUAUGCAACUAUUUUUGUUUCUUUGCAUAAACAGACAACAAUAAACUGUUGAUUCCUGAAA